GUGGAAUUUUGGCGAUGGCAGCCCAGAGGCAGAGACCAUCCUGGCUCCUCCUUAUGACGCUCAGCUGCCAAGACCGGAUCCACAGACAGAACGAGUUCAAGUGUCAGCGAGGGUGACCCAUGCCUUCAUUCAGCCAGGUGACUACACGGUCAGAGCUGAAGCCCUCAACAAGUAUGAGCAAGUUCACCAGAUGGCCAGAGUCUGUGCUGUCGUUCCCAUAACCCUGGUGACCAUAGUGUCCAGCCCAACUUCUCCAUUGGUUAAAGAGGUUACUCAGUUUGAGGCCUUGGUUUCUCCUUCCCUCUAUGGCAUAUGGUAUUCCUGGAACUUCGGCAAUGGGUCACCUGUACAGGAGGGACCAAAUUCUACUGUGUGCUAUUCCUUUGAAAAUGCCGGGAUUUAUAAUGUGACCCUAAGAGUCAAUAACAACCUCAGUGACACAUCAUGGGCAUCUGUGUCUGUCAGGGAAGAAAUUAUGGGCCUGCAAAUAGUGUGCAGUGGGCCCGGUGAACUCGGUUCAGUCACAGUUGUCAAUGCCACAGUUACCUCUGGCACAGAUGUCAGGUGGUCUUUUGACAUGGGAGAUGGAUCCAUCUACAGAAAUCUGUCACAGGGUGUUGUUUCUCACAUUUUUGCUGCUGAAGGCAAAUACACAAUAACAGUGACAGUUCACAGUGCUGCGGCCUAUACCAAGGCAUCCACCAUAGCCAACAUUUACAAACUGCGUAUUAGCAGCAUCCUGGCUCCUAGUUGUAUCUCCAGUGGGGAGCUGACCCUGUUCCAAGCUUUUGUGACAGGGCCAGUUAAAGGGAUUAUGUUCUGCUGGGAUUUCCAAGAUGGCCGCCCUCCCGCUGUUCGUCAUGGAGACCCUACGGUCCUUCACAGCUACACGGUGGCUGGGAAUUACCAGGUGAACCUGACUGUCUAUGGCACAAUGAGCAGCGCUUCCCGCCAGCUAGCCGUUUGUGUAGAGGACAAAAUCAGCUCAGUUAAGCUAUUGGCUCCAAUGUCUGCUGUAGCCUUAGAGGAACCGCUUUCCUUCUUUGCUGAAGUAGAUCCAGGACCUGACCCUCAGCACCAGUACAGGUACCAUUGGGAUUUUGGCAUCGGUGAAGACCUGGUGCCUUCUAAAACUCCAGAAAUCACAUUUGUGUACUUGGAGGCUGGGUUGUACAUGGUAACCGUGACUGUGCAGAACACAGUCAGCCAACAAAAUGCCUCGGUAAAUGUCACAACUCAGCAGGCCAUUAAUACCAUCUCCAUUCACCACAGUGGUGAAACGGGCAUCUUUUUAGCUGUGGGCACCCCUACGACUUUGUGGCUGAAGUCAGCUGGGAUACUACAGCCGCAUUUCAGUGGGACUUUGGGGACGCCUCACCUCAUCAAGUGGGUCAAAGAGCCCCCCACACCUAUAAGAAAGCAGGAGAUUUUACCAUCGUGGUUGUGGGUGAGAAUCUGGUUAGUCACAGGACAGCAACACUCACCAUGACGGUGCUUACUCCAGUUAAGCUGUUGACUCUACACGCUGAGCAACCAGUGAGCGAGGCUGGGCAGGAAGUCACCUUCAGAUCUUCUUUAGCUGCAGGGGAUCGUGUCCGCUAUCGCUGGGCUGUUGGUGAAACAACUGGAUUCCAAGAGGGAGCGGCCAUUUUCACUCACACUUUCCCCACUCUUGGCACCUUUGUGGUGUUUGUCGUAGCUGAGAAUGCUGUGAGCAUAGAGAAGGCAAACGUCACCGUAGAGGUCCAGGAAAGAGUCCGAGGGGUGCAAAUUCACAGUGAACAUGUAGUGCAGGACAAGUAUGUGGCCGUUGCAGAAGCCUUCUCUCUCUCCAGCGAGGUUGCUCAGGGCUCCAAUGUCACCUUCCGUUGGGCAGCUUUGAAAGGAAAGCAUCGGUUGUUUACUUCUGAAGGACAGUUGUUCCUAUUCUGCCCCAAUACAAGUGGGGAGCUCCUGGUGGAGGUGAAAGCUGGGAAUGCACUGGGUGAAGUCACCACCAGCCUCACCCUGGAAGUCUUGGAGAGAGUUCAUGGUGUGAAGGUUCAAUCGGCCGCUGAUAAUGUUGCAGUAGGAAAGCCAGUGAACCUGAACAUUUCUGUGGUGUCGGGAACGGAUCUCCUUUAUCAGUGGAAGGUGCAGGAGGACGCACAGCUGCUGCUUACCACCACACCCUCCCUUUCGCACAUCUAUAACACCUUAGGCUCCAAGCUUGUCUUUGUCACAGUCUACAAUGCCCUGGGAUCCAGCAAUGGCUCCACAGAACUCAGAGUGCAGGAACCUGUUUCUGGGGCAAAUUUCAGCGUGGCAGGAAUCAUGUGGCCUUUCCUCCUGAAGUCAGGCACCUCAGUAGAGCUUCUGGGCAUGGUGGAUGCAGGAUCUGACCUUGCAUGGGAAUGGCAGCUACAGAGGGGGGAAGAGGAGAAGCUGAUCCUCUCCCAUGGGCAGAACAUCUCUCACAGAUUUGAGCAGCUCGGAGACUACAGAGUGUUUCUGCGGGUCUGGAAUGACGUUAGCGAGAGUACAGCUCUGGGUGCCAUCUCCAUCCAAGAUCCUGUGGCUGGACUGGGUGUGACAUGGACGGACAAGAGGACGGUGUGCACAGAUGAUGAGGUUACUUUUACACUGCAUGCGUUGAAGGGCUCGCGAGUGACCUUUGCCCUCUACUUCCCCUCGCUGGGGAUUCACAUGGAUAACCCUGCGGGGAUCUUCCACUUUCCUUUUCCAGUGAAAGGCUACCACCAGGUGCUUGCAUCUGCUUACAACAAUGUUAGUAAUCAGACAGCUACUGUCAUGGUGAAGGUCUUGGAGAAGGUGACGGGGCUGCACCUCUUGGAUGAAUGUCCACCCAUCCUGGAAGCCAACAAAGAACUUACACUCCGAGCAGCAGUGCAAGCUGGAGAGAAUGUUGCUUUCUCCUGGGUAUUUCAGCUCCCUGGGCUGCCUGACUAUAAUGCCACAGGCCAGCAGGUGACGUAUACCCCCUCUGGCAAAGACAAUUUAACCAUUCUGAUUGAGGCCAACAAUGCUUUCUGUGCAGACACUCUUCUGUUCGUAAGAACAAUAGAGGUGCCGGUAGUGACUGUUGACCUGUCCAGCAAUGGCACCAGGACAUUUGUUAAUCAAACCGUGACAUUUGACGUAAUGGCUGUUGGUGGCAGCAACCUUCAUAUGGAGUGGAAUUUUGGGGACUCGCCCGAAACCUUCGCCAGUGAAGGAGAUCAGAGAGUAUUUCACAAAUAUCACCAAGCUGGUGAUUUCUUGGUAGAAGUGAGAGUCUACAACAACAUCAGUUUCGUCUUGGCCCACUUAAAAGUAACUGUGCAGCAGCUGCUCUGUGAAAGCCCUACUCUGGAGCUGGUUGAGCCUCUCUCUGUGAUCUCCAAAUCUUACACCACCUACUUUGAGGCUGAUGUGGACUUGAAACAAUGCACAGCCUACCGGGCAUUGUAUCGGUGGGAGAUAUUCCGCGGCUGCAGCUGUGAUGCUCCAUCCAAGACCAAUGCAGUCUUGUUACCGCAUGUAGAUGUGCUAACCCCUCGCCUUGUGCUCCCCAAGCUCUCCCUGGACGUUGGUCCUCACUGCCUGCUUUUCACUAUCUCUCUGGAGAACACACCCUUGGCCCGGAUGGCUUGCAGCAACUUGACUGUGCUUCCUAGCAAGCUAGUUCCAGUCAUCCAAGGAGGAUCCUGGAGGAGAGGGACAGCCAAAAUGGAUCUGGUUCUAGAUGGAAGCAAGUCAUAUGACCCUGAUGUGGAGAAGGGUGGAAACUCCUCACUGGCGUACCAGUGGGACUGUCAACUGGAGGCACCUAAUGUGUCCACAACUUUAUGUGGCUUCCCUGCUAUGGCAGGCAUGGACAGAGCGAUUGUCCCACACUCCAUGCUGAAUCCAGGAGCAACUUACCACUUCAACCUUACUGUGAGGAAGCUGGGUCGCGUUGCUCCAUUUGUACCAACAAGCCUGCUGUGUCUUGAUUUGGGGCUGACUUUCGUAUAUGACUCGGGUGUCCGCCAGCAGGUUUCGAUCGCAUCUAGCCAGAUCCUUCCUGUGACCCUGGAGUGCCGUUCCUGCAGUGCUUUGUCAAGCUACGAGGUCAGCAGCAGCAUCCAUGUCACGCUGUCUGGACGGUGCGAAAGCUGCGACAACGGAACGCUGUACAGCUGGAGAGCUCGGAGUUCUGAUGGCCAGCCUUUGACCUUGGACAAUGUGACCACUUCCACUGGGGACUCCAAUCGGGACCUGGUGAUCAGGCAGGGGGUCCUGCAGGAUGGAAGGAACUACACUUUCACCGUUUUGGUCACUCAGCCUAGAGGACAGCUGCGGGGAGAAGCCAGCAACCUCACCCCAAACCAUCCACCUAGGGGAGGGCUCUGCAUUCUGAGACCAGAAAACAAUAUCUACAUCUUGGAGACGCGGUUAGAUUUCAGUGCAUGGCAGCCACUGUGGCACUCCUGCCUGUAUCGAGGGGUCAAGUCUGCCUUCAGCAUCUUCUUGCCAGCAAGCGCUCUUGGCAAUCAAUCCAGCGUCAACAUCCUAGUUGAGCUGGAGGAUUCACGGGGAGCGAAGACCUUGGCAUUGAACCAAACCCUGACUCUCACCAUGCCUGAACUCCCUUCAGGAUUCAACACCAUAACCAGCUGGUUGAAGAAGAAGAGCCAGUCGGAGCUGUGGGGUGUGGUCCAGCAAGGAAACCCACAGGAGGUGAUUCCAUACUCCUUGGCUCUCAUAAGCCUGCUGAAUCACGACUUUGGAAGAGGUUAUAGCAUGAAGGAGCUGAGGGACCGCAUCUCCAUCCGCAGCAAUGUCACAGCAGCUCUGGCCUCCCUGAAUAUCUCCAGUGUGAAGGAUGUUGCUCAGCUUAGUGCUGCACUGAGGGCUUGCGUGGCAUUCCCAGAAGAGCUCAGCCUUGGAUCUCGUACCCAAAUGCUGGAAGCUGCCAAGAGAAUGAUCCAAGUUAUCCACAGCGAGAUAAAGAAGGUCACGAACCCCCACCUCCGCUGGCAACAGCAUCUUGGAAUAAUGCUAACUACUGAAGACACAAGACUGCACAUGGUGGCGAACGACCGCCUGUCAAAGGAACCAGCCCUCAGGAACUGGGUCUCCUCAGCUUUCAAUCUCACUCGUGCUCUAAUGAGGUCCUUGAUGAAGUCCCGAGUGCUGAAUGAGGAGCCUCUGUCACUCUCCGUCUCUGAGAUCCACGUUUGGGGGAAAAGGGCAGAUGCCAGCAAUUGCUGUGCACGACCCCCUCUGUGGAGUGCCUCUUCUCUGUGCCCAGGACGCUUGCCGAACAGCUGGCAGAAAGCCAGGAGGUGGUGCAGGUCACCAUGGACCUUGCCAUCAACCCUUUCCCUUUCAACUACUACACCAACUCUGCCAUUUCCACCCGCCUUGCGCUUCUGGAGUUCGCCACUCCAGCAGGAGCGCCGAUCUCAGUUGCCAACCUACCUAAGGAGAGAGCCAUCAGCCCUGCGAUUACCUGCUGGACAGCAGGAGCUUCAAGACUUGCCCCAAACACUAUUGGUCAUCCCACCAGGAGACUCUGUUAACUUCACUGUGAAAGUUGCACCAGGCAGCAACGUGACAGGGACACACAUCCAUGUCACUUUCACUGUGAUGGAGGGCUUCGGCUUCAGCCAGGAGAAGGUUCCCUCCCUUUAUCUUUAUGGACAUAAUGCUCCAUAUCCCAAUGAGUUCCACUACACCUUGAUGGAGGAAAUUGCCUUUUCUAAUGGCCUGGAGGAAAACCACAGCAGGGAGGUCACCCUCUUAAUUUCUUCUCUUCACCACCUCAAUGCGACUCAUCAGGAAUUCUACAUCAACAUCACCAGCCGCUUCUGCCAUUCCCCCGUCCGCACCAGCAUCUCUGUUUUUGCCAGCCUUUGCCAGUACUUCCAUUUUCCCAGCAUGCAGUGGAGUGCAGAUGGAGUGACCCCAACAGCUGCCACCAGCCCCAAGGAGAUUGUGUGCCUGACGGAGCAUCUCACUGUCUUCGGGGGUAGCCUCUUUGUGCCUGUUCACAGUGUUGUCUUCUUGCCACCGAGGAAGCAUUCCUGGCAGAGUCCCUUGGCACUGAUCACCUGCGGCGUCCUUUUCUCCAUUUACCUGGGGAUAGCAUUGAUAUCCCACAAGCUGGACGACAUUGACAUCACUCGGGUAGGGAUCAUCCCUUGGUGUGGCCAGCCUGGACGGUACAAGUACUGGCUGAUGGUGAAGACAGGCUGGAAAAGAGGCUCAGGUACCACAGCCCAUAUAGGGAUCAGGUUAUAUGGGCUGAACAAAAGCGGCUCUCGCCACCUGGACAAGGGCUGGGCCUUCCAGAGAAACAGCCAAGAUAUUUUCCAAGUGGAAACGGAUGCAAACCUAGGAGAGAUUUGGAAGAUCCGCAUCUGGCAUGAUAACACUGGUCUGGACCCCUCUUGGUACCUGCAGCACGUUAUUGUAUGGGACAAGCAGACAGACAAUAUGUACUUCUUCCUAGUGGAGGACUGGCUGUCUGUGGAAAAUGAAAAGAAUGAGGGAAUGGUGGAAAAAGAGGUCCUUGCAGCAUGUCCACAGGAACUGAGAUGCUUUUCCCGGAUUUUCCCUGCACAGAUGCGCCUUGGUUUUUCCGACUGGCACAUGUGGCUUUCUGUUUGGAGCCGUCCUCCUAACAGCCGCUUUACCCGGGUACAGAGGCUCACUUGCUGCAUGCUCAUGGCUCAGCUCUUCCUAGCUACGUGUGCCGUCUGGUAUGGUGCAGUUGGAGUUAAGGGCCACAGCUAUCCUGUUGGAAGACAGAUUUCUGUGACUGCAGAGAGCAUUUUGGUUGGGAUAAUUGCAGCAGUCGUGGUUUACCCAGUACAACUACUCUUCAGUUUUCUCUUCCGGAAGACACGCAGUAAGAUUGUAAUAGAAGAUCCUGACCCGCCUGCUCAGGACUGCCAGACUGUGGAGAUGGAUGUGUCUCUUGACUGCUCUAACUUGGGUAGCUCCUCCUUCUUAUCUGUCCCUGGAAGAAUGGAGUCCAUUGUGGAUAUGGGUUCUGUUGGCAGUGAAUCCCUCUUUAGUAGAAGGCCAGUUUCCAUCCAGAAGAACUUCAUAGGCAAUGACAGGACUGCCAAUCAAUGGCCUUCAUGCAACAGCAUCUUUGAUAUUCCUGACCUUUUGAAUUCUGACCCCCUGAUGAAAGGAAGUAGGAUUCUCAAGAGGAAGAAGGCAAUGGCAAAGUUGGGAGUGGACUCCGUUUCCAGUUCUGAUGAUGACCCCCUGUCCUUUUCAUUCCGAGAUUCUGAGGACAGUAGGAGGUCCAGCUGUGGCCAUCACUCUGCGGAAGGUUUGCUCAACUGUGUUGCUGACAGAACUCAGGAGAACAUCUCUGACUGUGUCACAUCUGACAGUGGCCGGUUUUCACCCCAAGUUCUCAUAGCAGAUCUCAGCUAUGAUGGAAUGGAAAGUUCUGUUAGUGGCUGGUCCGAUGGGACUGUGCAGCAUGGAAGCAGCUGGGGCUUACUACGGAAGUCGUUCUCUUACGUCUCUGCUAUGACCAAUAUUGGCAGCGCUUUCUUUUCUGACCUGGAAUUGUCUCCUGCUACUGUUUCCUCGCUUUCUACCCGGAUUGGGGUGCCCCGAAGACCUCAGGAAUGGCUCUUCCCUGCCAGGAUGCUCCCAGCUAUCUACAUAGCCAUCUUCUUGCUGCUUGCUGGCUGUUUCUCCAUCAAUAUCUUAUAUGGCUCCUCCUUCCAUGACCACACUGCCUUGAUGUGGCUGAUCUCCUCUGCCUUUGCUUUCGCCACAUCUUUCAUCUUUUUGGAGCCAAUGAAGGUGCUGUUUGGGGCUCUGCAUGCCGCUCUCAUCAGCAAGCCAGUGGAGAGCGAAGCUGAUGGGCUGGUGGAGAAGCCCUUGGUGAAGCAGAUGCCCGAACGAGUUGGGAAGGUGCGCGUGCCCUGUGGUUAUGGGCUGCUGCAGGCCAAGGAAGAGGCCAAGAAAGUCCGAGCUCUCAAAGGGUUGAUGUGGAACUGCCUCACACAUAUGCUAUUCUUUCUGGUCGUGCUGACCAUCAAUUACCAGAGAUGCUUCCAUGACAACAAUGUCCACCUCCUGCAUGCUGCUGUCAAACAGGCCAUCUCUGUGACAAACGACAAAGGAGUGAACUUCACUUCUGUGUGCAGCUACUCCGACACAUUGGAAUGGAUUGACACAGUGCUACUGAAAUACCUUUAUGGCAACACAAAGCUGACAAUAGUAGGAGUGCCUCAGCUGCAGCUACAAAGCUCCACCGCAAGCCAAAUGAGGGAUCUAGGUGUGAAUUCCUCUGCAAUCACCUUUUCCUCUUGUGUGGUAAAGUGAGAAACAGGCAGUAAGAGAU